GAGGAGGUGUGAGGGUGUCCAGCCUGUCCUUGUGCACAGCUCACGUGUGAGAUGCUGUUAUGUAACAGAGAGCAUGCAGACAGAUCAGCCUGCCUCUGCUAUUGUUCAGCUGCACUGAUGUCGCUUUCUUGGCUAAUAAUGAAGGAGCUGUGUGUGUUUUUAUAGCUGCAAACAAGGAGAGCUUGGAAAUUUCACAGUGUGGAUGAUCCUCUAUCAUUUUAUACUGCUGCUGGACUAAAAGAGAAAAUGAGCCUUGGGAUAUUUUAUUACUUAAAAGAAAAAAAAAACAGGUGCAGAUUGGUAUUUCUGGGUACGGAUCUUACAACCACAGCUGGAGAUGAGAGCAGGAAAGUCCCACAUCAACCACAGCGAUCGGAUUCAAUUUCAACACCAAGAGCUUCCUGUUAGAUGUGUCAUGUUCUAUUCGUGCUCAGCAGUGAAUGAAUGAACAAUGAAGGAGGCAGAAAUGACACAUUUUAACAGUAGAACAUGAUGCAAAGCACGCAUAUGCUCUCAGUAAUGGUAGAAAUGGAUUUAUAUGACCAUAAAUCACAUCAGAAACAUUUUAUGGUUAAAAUAACCAGACAUUGAGUUUUAAAAAUCAAGAUACUUCAUCGCAUUGAUGCAAAAAACAUACAAAGAUCCAAUACUGCUAUAAAACAAAGUUUUGCAACUCUCCCCACAAUGUCCUCAAAGCACCGAGAAAUAUUAUUAAGCUGUGCUAUAACAAUUAUGUUAGAAAUAGUAUGGCAAACAUUGGCAACUUGUCCAGGGUGUAGCUGCAGCUGGAGUAGGUCGACCCCGUGACCCUGAGAAGAAAAAGCCGUGACAGAUUGAUGAUGCAUGGUAUCCACACUACUGAAGCUGCCCGCUGUUUGGCUUUCAGCCAUGUUUGCUGUUGCUUUUGCGUAAUGCACCAUGAUGGAUGAGCUGGUGCAGGACCUGGUGUCUGCCCUGGAGCAGACCUCAGAACAAAAUAAACUGGGGGAGCUGUGGGAGGAAAUGGUGCUAAGUCCACUGCAGCAACGCCGGCAGAUCCGCCGCCGCAGAUGCCGCAAGCGUUGUCGUGAAUCAUGCCUCUAUCCGCUGGAGCAUAGACGAUGCUGGAUUGAGGCAUCAGAGUCAAGCUUGGACGAGACUAAAGAAUACAGGGAGAACUCUUCAUCAGCUAUUGCUGCCUCCAUGGCCAACUGCAGUGACUCUGAUGACAUGACUUCAACCAACCGAUGGCGCUCCGUCAUGAGAGGACCGGUCAGGACUAGACAGCCGUCCUGGCCAGAGUCUGACUCCUUCACCGAGAAUAAUCCGGGACGGCCACUGAGGAGGCGGAGGAAGGUCAAACGCAUGACCUCAGAUGUCACAGUUAGACUGCAGCAGAAGUUGAAGGUUUCUGGUGUAGACGGGAAACAGAGACACAGGCCGUCUAGGAUGCAGCAUCUGUCAGGAUCUAAGAAGAGGUCCGGUGUUUGGGUGGGAGCAGAUCGCCAGACUGACGGAGCCAGGCUAAUGGGAAAGGAGUGCUGGAAGAGAAAGAUGGCCAAGGAACACAGAGAUGCUGCAGAUGAGAACAUGUCUGAAGGGGAAACCAGCAGCACAUGCAGCAGUGACCCUGGGCUGUUCACCAAUGAUGAGGGCAGACAAGGCGAUGACGAGCAGAGUGACUGGUUCUUCGAGGGGGACUGUGGAGUUGGGACGGGCGUGGCCGGCCUUCUGCCCGGCUGGGACUCAGACAGCCAGCUUUCCCUCGAGGGUAACCAUCCCUCUCCCACCUUCCUGCAGCCUGCACGGCCCUCUCAGAGAGGGUAUCGGUAUCAUUCACGUCUCAAACGAUUGUCUGGCUCUGCUGCUUGCUGCAUCAGGAAGGAUAGGAGGCGGCUUCCCAGCAGUGUUAAAGGCAACAGCAUGCCAGUGUUUGUAGAGAGACUGAGACACUUCUCCCAAGAUCCUUACCAGAGAGAUUUUUGGCUGCCUUCUGUUGGAAAACGAGAUCGAAGCCAGUUGAACCCUUUGUGCCCAUUACCAGUGUGUCCUAUUGACAUGGUGUCAGAGAGCUCCCGUCUCAGAUGUUCCUCCUCAAUCUACAGAAACAGGCAGACUAAUGUCACUCCAGGACUGUUAUUCACGGGAGACUCCAGGAGGAGGAGGGAAACGGAAGCUGUGUCCGUCGCAACAUCAGCUAGCAAUCCAUUUCACAAGGAUCACCAGAGAGAGGAGGCACAGGGAGCCGGUAACACCUCAACCCUAGAGGCUGUGGGACCAGGUUCACGGCCCUUCUGCUCAGCCUGAGAGUUUAUCUUUCCUCCAGGGGAGACCACGAGGACCCCUGAAUGGGGCUGGACAAGUGCGCCUAAGUCUGGAAGAGUGUGCCAAAAAAGAAAAGCUUAUGUGUCAGAGAUUGAAAAGACUAAAACUCCUCCUGCUGCACAAACCUUAAAGACAAAGGGAAAAAAAAAUACAAAGCACAUCAUUACUCCUCAAAUCAGCAUGUUACUGCUAGAUCAGUCUUUCCAGGUAGUAUAUUAAGCAUGACAAAUGUUAAUGCAAUCAAGCCUUGUUAAGCCUUCUGCCAUCUCCUCAAGGAAGAAAGCAGCUUCAAGAGGUUCCUCGUUUCGACUCAAGACUCGACAGCUCCUCCUGUUUCCACACACAGUCUCCAGGCCACCUGCUACCACACAAUCCAGCAAUUAUGUCCACUCUAGUAGCGCAGUGUUUGUCAGCGGGAAUGCCGGGAAGAUGGUCACUUGAGGCUGGGUGGCCAUGGGGGGGAAUUUGCUCUACUUUACGGCAGUGGCAACAAUAGUUGUGCAUCUUCGAGACGGGAAAGCGUCAGAAUGUUUAGCGACCACAUGCUGCUACAGGGUUCAGAGAGGCUACCACUGGUAGAGUGCCACAUAAAGUACAGGCCUCCUAUUAGCAUGGGUUUGAAAAGCUACAGUUUGUACAAAGGUGCUCAUUAGCACAACACAGAGGGAGUGUAGUUGCCGUCCUCGGAGGGUUGCCUCUGUUCUCUUCAGCUUACCUUCCAUAUUCAAAUGUCCCCAAAUGUAUUUAAGUUCAAGGCCAGCUGCAAAUCUGUUUGAACAGUUUUUCAGUGGUGGUGGAUUAGUUGCUUUUGGGGCCGUGUAGAGGGUGGUUGAGAGUCGGUAGAAUGGUGCCGCAGGAGCCGUUGGAGACGGAAGAGGAGAGUCGCACACUGUCUUUUCACCUACCCUUGGGGUAUACAUUUCCCCGGCUCCCUCUGCAUCAGAUGCAUUAAAAGAUCAAUGGCAUCAUACAGUGAGAUCAAACAUAAUAGUUUAGCCAAGCUGGUAAACAAGUAGUGUUUUCAGAAAAAUGCAUUUUUUAUGUCGGAGUCAAGUGGAGUACAUUAUGCUUGACCUAAACCUUAAUGUUUGUGUAGUCUUAAACAACACAAACAUUUGUACUUCAUGAAUCCUCUCUGAUGGUGAGUGUCUUUAAAAAAAUGUAGGUAGUUGAAAUAGUAAAGUGAAUUUGGUUUAAUGUCUUUAAAGUCUGUGUAAAGUAAGAAUAAAUAUUAAGUGUUAUUAACCUUCAUGACAUGACUAACUUUGAAACACUCGAGAUGAAUUCAUGUCUAUCUCUCAGGGUGACCUCAGCGUGUCAUCGAGCCAUCCUUUAGGACCGCCCAGAAAAACCUGGACUGGAAACUGGUCAAAAACUGGUUUGAACCUCUGACUCCAUGUUUAAGUAAUAUAUUGUUCAAAGUCUUUUCUCGUGUUUUCAGCAACUAUUUUCCAACAUUAUUAAUGUAUUUUGCAAGAAAUCUCAGAAUUGCCUUUACACAGACUUUAAAAAAAAGGCAUAUCUGAAAUCUUCCCAGCAACAAGGUAUGCACUUUCUUUAAUGAUGAGAAGAUACCUUUUUAGUGAAAUGAACUGAAUAUCAUCAGCUACACGCUGCAUGUCUUUUCAGACACUUAAAAGCCUUAUUUAAGAGAAGAAUCGCAUUUAGUAGAAUGAGAUUUGCCAAUUAACGUGAGUUAUAUGUCUGCAAUAAUCCGUCUGAGAAGGCUUUAUGUGAUCAUGUUGGCCAGGGAUGACAUUUAUAAAUGCUGUGUGUGCACACUCGUCUAAAUGGAUGCCUCACACAAGACAUCCUGCCACGGAAAUCAGUCAAAGUGUUGAGACAGAGAGCAACCCACCCCUUCCCCCACAUCCGGCUACGUCCGUCGCUGCAGCUUGACCGGGGGGAGUCCAGCAGCACCGCGGACUCUUCCAACACCAGUAAUAUACACCUGAUUGAUACGAGCAGCACGAUAGUUGAGCUUUGUAAUUAAACAAAAAGAAGCUUUUGAUAAAUACUUUGGUGGUUUCUUUAAGACAUAUGCCCCUGAACAAGCUGACAAGUAUUGACUGUGUAGUGUUUUAAGGAGAGCUUCUUGCCGUUGCCUUAUCCGUCAGUCCGUGUUUUGGUGCCAAGGCAUUGACAGGGAAAGAAGACGCAUCGGUUCAGAUAUAGUUCCAUUAGUAUCACAAGGGGAAACACCUCACCUGCCUCUCUGGUAAUUAGCAGUCACCAUAAUGACACCUCAGCCAGACUGUAUGCCCCAAAAUGAUUUUCCAAUGGCCAGGAAGUGGAGGAAUGGCUUCCGUGCAGCCAGUCAAUUGCCCUGUUACAGUUAAGGAAUCCAGCAGGCUGGUACUACUCAUAUUUCAUCCCAGGUAAAGAUUACCUGUCAGGCCCAUGGGAGAUGUAUUGAUCUGUUUUCCUUUUCCGCCAGCAAUCACCUGACAAAGGCACCUAGGAGGCGAGUGAAUGAGUGAUGCCUGGUCUGUCUGCUCCAGCGUGGUGGCUUCUAGUGUCCACUGAUGGGUGGAGAGGUGAUGAGGAAGAGAAAGAGAUAAUGCAGUCAUAAACUCUGUUUGAACCUCUUCUGUAUGCAUGCAGGGCAGCCCCCUUGGUCCCCCGGGUCACAGGUCAGUGGGGAAUUUGCCUUUUUUCCUUUUUUUGGGUCCUUUCUUGUCAGUGGCAUUUGUUCUUGCGGUGUAGUGUGUAGUGAUGAUAGAAACAUAUGCAAACGAGGCUCUCUGGUUCCUGCUGACAAAUGCAUGUUGCGUGUCACCGUAGUUCAACUCACUUUGGGUUUCAAAAGUGAUCUGGUUUGAUCUGGGCACCCUUCUCUCAAUGAAAUCCAACCUUGUGUGGUCAGGAUUUCCUGCGACUGUCAGUGUGGCGAUGCUGCACUUGCAACGAUCAAUAUAUUUUACAUUAUCUCAUGUUUUUGUGGCAGCUAAAAGUAUUUAUAUAUUAGCCUUGUUCAAUGGAAUGUCAGACUUGAUAUUAUCGAAGUCAUGCAUUUAAAGUGAUUGCACUGUAUAAUGUGUAGUAUUUAUGUGAUGCGUAAUUAUAGGUCCAUUAAUUGAGGAUUUAGGUCUGGGGACAUUAAAUACAUAAAUUCAAUUUCAUGAUAGAUAGUAGAGUAGAUAUGUCUCUCUAAUUUUUUUACUGUCGUAUUUUUUAAUUUCAUUUACAAGGAUUUAAAUGUAUCUCCCUGAUAUCAGGGCUCUUAGGCAGCUAUCCACAUUUGAUACGUAGUACAAACAGCAUCUUAUCUCAUAGGCUGUUAUCUUAUAUUUAAUAGCAGUGGAGGCAUGCCUAAUUGCUUUGCAAAUGAUCUAAAGAGGAUUACUCCUCCCUUAGAAAGCCUGCACGGUGUCACUAGAUGUUAAGAGAGACAUUACAAUGGUAAAAUUCAAUCAAACCUGCAGUGCAGCGCUCAUGCACAUGCAAUGGCUCUGUUUUGUAGGAUCAUCACAUAAUGUUGUGUCAAAAUAACUGUCAGUAUGAGGUUGCUUUAAAAUAAACUCUGUGUGAACAUGAUUAUGUACUAUUGUGGAUAAGAAGCUGUUUAAAGAUGUUGUUGUUCUACUUAGGUCAUUUGUGUAUUUUCAGUUAUAUAAAUAGGUUUUUAAGACGAUGUGAUGUCUCGCUUUCAUUUCAUAGGUCAUGUUAUAAUCAUUCCUCCAUGCCAUGAGUAUUUAUAGAAUAAACUGCAGUAUGUAUUUAUUUCAAAUGCUGAAUUUGUGUGCAAUAAAUGAGUGACCAUGAAUGAAA